AAGGCCCGACGGCAGUAGCUUCGAGCGAGUGAGAGAGUGAGAGAGGUAACCCUAGAUCUGGUCCAGAUGUCCAUGGCGCUGCGCAACCUGGCCACGAGGAUGCGGUCCCCUGCCGCCGCCGUCCUCCGUCCCCGCGUCUCGCCUCCGCCCCUCCGCUUCAGGCUCUUCAGCUCCUUGGAGGAAGAUCGGGAAAGUGCGAUAAGGCUGUACCAAGAGAAUCUAGCUACACUUGAUCGAGUGAAGAAACACCAGGAAUUUAUGAGGGCGCGCGUUGGGUUUCUCGAGAAGGGGAACAAGUGUCUGAGUUGGUCUUUGCUGCUUAUGCCUAUUCUCACCGUGGCUGUUAUCCUGAAAGCGAUCGCCGGUUAGAGGAGAAGUGAUUAUGCCCUGCUCUGUUUUAUCUAUCUAUAUGGCAUGUACUCCCUCUGUAAACUAAUAUAAAAGCGUUUAGAUCACUACUUUAGUAUUCUAAACACUCUUAUAUUAGUUUACGGAGGCAGUAUUAUGUAUUUAUGAAGGAGGCACUUUGUUGCUUGGAUGGCGUAUGUUAUGUUAGGUCGCCAAGUCAGACGUCUAUUAUCAUGGUUGAGCACUGAUACAGGCACUUGGAUAUAAGUUUGCCUUGGCUUGUUGAAGUAGCUUUGAUGUAAUCCAAAACUCUAUUCCAUUAAGUGCUGUGUUGUUCAGGGAGAUUAAGGUAUUUGUUUCUUUA